AUGUUUCCCUUGUGUCGAUCCUGUACUGAGAACAUGAGUCAAGAAAACUGUACUCAUCAAGAUGAAGACCGCGCAUUGUUAGGGACCUGGUGCGCAGAAGAACUGAAGCUGGCAAUAAAAAAAGGAUACAAAGUCAUGGAAAUUUACGAAGUUUAUCAUUUUGAAUCUUCGACAGAUUCCUUAUUUAAAACCUAUAUUGAUCUCUUUUUCAAGAUUAAACAGGAAAGCAGUGGCUGGCCUGUAGAGUGUGUGACUGAUAAAGAGAAAGAACAAUAUAUUCGCCAGUAUGCAGAGAAAGAAGGGGUACAUUUAGAUCCUUCGUCUGUGAUGAUAAACCCUGGUCGACGGCAGGUAGCAAAAUUAGCAUUGAACAGCUUUUGGGGGAGAUGGGGAAUGAAUAUGAAUAAAUCCAAAUUAGAGUACGUCCAUACAGUGGAACAUUUCAACAAACUUUUCUUGGAUUCCACAAAAGACGUACAAGAUGUCUAUUUUCCUACACCAGAAAUUGCGGCCAUACAAUAUAAAAUGGUGGAAGAUUUUGUCACAGAAGACAUUUCAGCAAACAUUUUAUUGCAAUUUUCACAACAGCUUGGACCAGACUCAAACUUUAUGAAGAAAUGGAUAAGUUGGGGGAGUCUGUGUUGUACCACGACACAGACUCAAUAA